AGUAUACUACGUGUCAACCACUUAGCUCCAGUGCUACCUGUCACUCAUUUGAAGCCACUUAGCAAAGUCCACUCAGCGACAUGUAUAUAGUUACUAUAUAUGUAAGCUACCUACUAUAUGACCAUGUCUAAAAAUAUCUGGAAACUUACAAUUUUUGGUAAACAAAAAAAAAAAAGAAAAAAAAAAUAGAAUUUAUAAUUAUUAGCUUAAAAUGACAACAAUGGUUAGACGGACAGUCGAUCCUUUGGUUGUAGGAAGAGUAAUUGGUGAUGUUCUUGAUAUGUUUGUUCCGAUGGUGGAUUUUCGAGUUCAAUAUGGUACCAAACACAUUUUCAAUGGUUGCGAAAUCAAACCUUCACUUGCCUUUGAAAGGCCUCUUGCUCAAAUUUCGGGUCACCCUUCAACAGAUAAUUUUUAUACCAUAAUCAUGAUUGAUCCGGAUGCUCCAAGUCCUAGUGAGCCCAAAAUGAAAGAAUGGCUUCAUUGGAUUAUGGUUGAUAUUCCUCAAGGAAUGGAUGCUUCCAAAGGAAAAGAGUGGGUAGAGUACAUGGGACCAAAACCGCCCACCGGUAUACACCGGUACAUAUUUGUGUUGUUUAGACAGAAAGGACCAAUCGCGAAGCAGUGGCAACUGCCACAAGCCCGUAGCAACUUCAGCACUCGGAAUUUUGCUGCACAAAACGGACUUGGUUUACCGGUUGCUGCCGUUUACUUCAACUCUCAGAAAGAGGCUGCAAAUAAAAAACGUUGAUUUGAAGUUGGUUAUGUUGUACGUGUUGAUGGGGUUACUACCUAAAUGAGAUAGGUUAUUGUUUCUCAUUUACUUGUUUUUUCUAUGCGAUCCUGUGUGUGCACUAGUGUGUUCAAAGUUUAUUGCAUUAUGCUAGUAAUAGACCAAUAAUGUGGUUUGUUAUGAUGUGUGAAUAUGCAUUAUAUUGUACCACAGGAAGUUUUAUAGUUUAUAAAUUAUAAUUACUUCGUCGUAUAACAUAA